UCCAUCACAAGGUCUGUAAGUGGACAGUUUUAAAAUGAUUUCCUGGUCAAUCAGAAUGCUCAUAUCAGAGUUCCAUUUCAAACUUUUUUUUCUCCCGUUUUGACCUCUUGAGAGUGACCCAGGUGAGAGUGGAAGUUGCUCAUAAUCAGCACAGAUCUAGGGCCAGUUUAAACUUUGAAACCCCAUGAUAAAGGUCAGGAUUGUCAUUGUGAGAGCUGAUCCAGGACCUGUGGUUUGGGAGCAUUUGGCUGGAGCUGAUACUCUCUCUAUGUCCUCCUGUGAUACUCAAAGGUAAUUUGUGAUUUGAGGUUGACAUUUGGCGCAGCUAAUUAUAAUAGACUAAUCUAAUUAGGAGGUGGGGGUUGUACAAGAGUCUACUCCCAAUCUGUCAUUGUGCCAUCUGGAGAAGGUCCUGAAGAAGAGAGUUGAGGAACAGGGUAAUCAAGUUGGACAACCCGAACACUGCGGUCCCAUAGAGGGCGAGAGACUACACUUUCCCUGCAUCGACUGUCCCCACAACCAAUAGGGAAAGAUGGCUCGGGAUAUGUCAGACAUUGACAUCAUUAAGAUGGAGCUGGAACAGCUGAAGAAAGUCUCGACACCCAGGGAGCCUGUGUCCAAGACAUCCAAGGACACCAUGGACUGGUGUGAGGCUGUGUCUGGUACAGACUUCCUGAUAACUGGAGUACCAGAUGAUAAGAACCCCUAUAAGCCUGAGAAGGGAGGCUGCAUAAUCACCUAGCCCUCCUGGGGGACAAACAGCCCCGGGCGGGACACAGGGAAAAACAUCAUGUUGUACUUACAUAAGAACACAUGGCAAACUUAUUGCAGCUAUGUAUCACUCUUUACAGUGCUGAAGAGGCUGAAACUGGAGAGAAGAAAUCUGAGAGACAUCCACUAAGUUAGCCAGUUUAGGAUGACACAACAUGUCACACUGACUAGGCUACACAAGGUCACUGGGAGCUGAGGAGGAGAUUUAUCCAGGGAUGAUUCAGGGGAUUAGAGGGAUCACUUGGUUACAAUGGUGUCCUUCCUUUCUCCUUGAAGACCUAUGACCCUUUCCCUCUCACCUGUCAGUUGCCUCUGGCAGUUAUAGAGCUUCCAAACAGGCUCUGGAAUGUUCCAAUUGCACCCACCACUGACUGGCUUUUGUUUUGCUUGUAAAUAAAGUGUACCCAGUACAGCAGGUUCUCUGUGACUUCUCUUGGUUCUCUGUGACUUCUCUUGGUUCUCUGUGACUUCUCUUGGUUCUCUGUGACUUCUCUUGGUUCUCUGUGACUUCUCUUGGUUCUCUGACUUCUUGGUUCUCUGUGACUUCUCUCUUGUUUUGCACCUCAUGUGCAGCGUGAGAGGAUCCAUGUUCAUGUGUCCCUUGAUUCAAUCGAGUUGUAAUGUACGUUUUAGAAAUAAACGUUUUGUAUCAGGA